AUGCUUAGAAUUCCAGUCGAUGAGGCAGUAGUUGAGGAGGCAACCGGCAAGCUAAACGGAGUCUUGGACGUGUAUGAAGCUAUGUUAGCGAAGAACAAGUAUCUUGGUGGUGAUAAGUUGAGCCUAGCAGAUCUCCACCACUUGCCCAACAUUCGCUACAUUCUGAUGACACCGAAGGCUUCGCUCUUUACUUCGCAUCCACAUGUGAGCACGUGGUGGUCGGACAUUUCUUCUCACCCUGCUUGGACUAAGGCGGCAGCGCUCUCUGAUGGGGCCAUCCUUAAGCAGGCUCAGACUGCAAUGAAGGGAAUGCAAAUCUCACAGUUUGCUUCAUUUCUCUUCGUUUUUGUUUUGUUGUGGAAUGCAUCCUCCGAUCUGUGA